AUGGCUCAAGGAAAACUUAAAGUUAAAACCAAAUUACCCAAAGGAGUGAAAUCCGGUAAAAGUGAAAGGUCUUUACAAAAACAAUCCGCCAAACCAAUGCGCAAAGGGACUCGUGUUAUAAAACCAAAAAAAGAAAGACUAAAAGAAGCUCAUGAAAUGAAGAAGCAUAUGGAAAAAUUGUUAAAAAAAUCGGUGGAAAAACAAGCUAUUGAGAAAGUGUCAUCUUGUGAACCCCGUUCACUAAAAAUUGUAAAAGAAUAA